GUCUGAACCAAUCUCUACAUGGUGUGCUUAUCUUCUUUCUUGGCCAGAGAAUGUUUCAGCGAACAAUAUCGAGACAUCUUAUCAACACCGUCCGGAGAUCACUUUCUAACGGAACAUUACAGGAAGUGAAAAACAAUGAGAAAAUUUCAGAAACAAAAGGGUUCAAUGUAAUUUACAGGUUUACUCCAAUAUUGAUAGGAUCGUUGGUAAAUAGGUUGAAGAAAAUUCAACUCUAUAUCACAUGUACGACGGUGCCCGUGAGUUAUGGUUUUUUUCUCACCGAUUACUGCAGUGGAGAUCUUCCCGUUUCAGUGGCAACACUUUGUGGUCUAUCGAUGUUGGGCACUGCAGCGAUUGGGCAGUUUUUUACAAGAACUAUCGGCUUUAUAUACAUAUCUGAUGACGGCCAGGAGGUCAAACUCUCUUACGUAGAUUUUUGGGGCAGACGGAAAAACAUCUGCCUUCCUCCUGAUGAGAUUCUGCCUUUGUCUCACUCGCCGAGAUAUUUCACAGAUAUGCUUUAUCAGAGAGUGUUUUUGACCACCUCUGUUAAACCUUUGAAACUCAUGAAGUUUGGUGAAAUAACCAACACUGAGGGCUUCUACAAAAUCUUUGACCUCCAAACUGCCAGCAAUACAAAGGAAAUAAACGACAAUUAGUUUUUUUUAA